AUGACAUUGCGACUAGGUGUUUGGAGGAAGGAAAACUUGGCUAUGGGGCGUAUUCGACAAGUUGGCUAUGCCGUGAUCUUCAACAACAAGCACAGUGUACUAAAAGUAUUUACAUCACUGCCGGAAUACCCCACAGCAACUGAUCGUGAGAUAAAGAUCUACAAACAUCUUACAAAUAUCAAUUCUGCCCAUCCAGGUCAAUCGCUGAUCCGGGAGUUGUAUGAUUCGUUUGAUCUUCAAGGACCUAUUGGCAAACAUUGCUGCCUAGUACUACAGCCAAUGCGCAUGUCACUUCUUGAAAUGAUGGGACUUAAUUCACAGUCAUUUGAUCUGCCUCUCCUGAAAAUGACAGUCAAACGACUUUUGUCCGCUCUUGACUUUUUGCACACAGAAGCCGAGAUAAUUCAUUGCGAUUUGAAGACCGAUAAUCUGAUGCUCGGUCUGGAGGACACCACCACACCGAGAGAAUUUGCGAAAGCAGAAGCUAAGAAUCCCAGUCCGCGGAAGAAGAUUGAUGAGUCACGUACCGUGUACAAGAGCCGCAAAUUUCUGCCACCUUUUGGAGGAAAAGGUUAUGGUCUUCAGUUCUGUGUGACUUUGGCGAGGCACGAAUUGGAAAACGACAUGAGUCCGGCCCAAUCGUCCAACCGAAUAUUUAUAGAGCACAGGAGAUCAUACUGGAAAUGCCGUGGGGGAGUGCUGUUGAUAUUUGGAACCUGGCGGGCUUGUAGAUAUGGGACCUCUUUGAAGGAGAGCAUCUAUUUGGAGCCAUAUUUGACGCUAAAGGUGACUGGAUUGCUCAUGAAGAUGCAUCUAUACCAUUGGUCUCCCUGGAGAGCCUAG